AUGCCGACGGACAGAGAUACAACGAUAGCGGACCCCGUCACCGAACGGAUAACCGCGGGCAUGGACGAUCCCUACCGCGUCUUUCCAUCCCGACGCUCGGUGGUGCAGAGCGCGAAUGGGAUUGUGGCUUGUUCGCAACCGUUGGCUGCACAGGCCGGUAUUAAGAUUCUUAGAGAUGGGGGGAAUGCUGCUGUACCCCUCCCCUCCCCUCCCCGCCUCCUCCUUCCUCCUGCUGAUGGCAACAUAGGAUGCAGCGGUAGCUGUCGCGGCAGCCCUAAACGUCACAGAGCCCGCAAGCACCGGCAUUGGCGGCGAUGUCUUCUGCCUCUACUACGAUGCGGCGACGAAGUCCAUUCGCGGGCUCAACGGCUCCGGUCGUGCACCGGCAGCGCUGACUUUAAGCAAGGCCCGCUCAGACCUCUCCAUGCCCCCCGAACCGGCAGCGAAUGCCCCACCGGAUGGCGAGGGUGGUAUUCCCAUGGCCCAUGUCCACGCGGUAACUGUUCCCGGCGCGGCGGCGGCGUGGGUGGACGUCCUCGAGACCUUCGGAUCCGGAAAAAUCGGGUUGGCAGGAGCGCUCGAAGAGGCCAUUCGCCUAGCGGAAGAGGGCGCACCGAUAUCGCUCAUGAGCAGUGUGAUGUGGGCGCAGGAGGUGGAGCACCUGAAAGCUGCGUCUCCAAAUUAUGCCGAAAUUCUGAAGGGGGGAACGCGCGCGCCUAGAGAAGGCGAAAUAAUCCGAAUGCCGCACCUUGCCGAGACCUUCCGUGAGCUCAUCCGGCACGGGAAGAAGGGCUUCUACGAGGGGCGCGUGGCGCAGGCCGUUGUCGAUGUGAUAAAGUCCCGCGGCGGGGUCAUGGAGCUGGAGGACCUCAAGAGCCACGGCGAGACCGGGAGUGAGAUUGUGCAGCCCGUGUUCAUGGAGUAUGGUGGGUAUAGGCUUUGGGAGUGCACACCGAACGGACAGGGGCUCGUAGCGCUCAUGGCGCUGGGCAUCUUGGAGAACUUGCAGAAGGAGGGGGUCGUUCCUGAAUUUGGCGAGGGGAAGGAAUGCCACUGGAAGCAUAAUUCUGCCGAGUACUUACAUGUGCUUAUUGAGGUAUUGCGCAUCGCGUUCAGUGAUGGGCGACACUGGAUUGCGGAUCCGAAGGUGGUGAAGGUGCCAACUGAGGGAUUGAUUGAUAAAGUGGGUUUUUUUUUGUCAGCGGGAUGGGUUUUGACGGGAUGGCUGGUUGGCUGGCUGGCUGAUAGGAAUGAAUAGGCAUACCUAGCGAAACGUGCAAAACUCUUCGACCCGGACAAGCGCAAUAAAAACAUCUCCCACGGAACUCCCGCAUUCCAAUCCUGUGAUACAGUCUACUUUUCCGUAACGGAUAAGUACGGCAACGGCUGCAGCUUUAUAAAGUCCUCCCCUCCCCCUUUUGCCUCCCCAUGUAACAUCCGACUAAUGACCUCCCCAGCUCCAAUUACGGUGGCUUUGGCUCCGGCAUAAUCCCUAAGGACUGCGGCUUUGUCCUGCAGAACCGCGGCUGCGGUUUCUCCCUGCACCCGACACACCCGAACGUCCUGGCGCCGUGCAAGCGGCCCUACCACACCAUCAUACCAUCCCUCAUCACGGACACGGCCAACAACCUAGACGCCGUCUUUGGCGUGAUGGGCGGGUUCAUGCAGCCACAAGGUCACCUGCAGGUAUUCCUGAACUUGCUGGUCUGGGGAAUGAAUCCGCAGCAAGCGGUGGAUGCACCGAGGAUCAGCGUGGGGAAGCCGUACGAUCCGAGGACGGAGGGGGUUAGUGUUGAGGAGGGGAUGGCGGAGGGGGAGGGGGAGGGGGAUUACGGGGUUAUGGAGGGGUUGGCAGGGAAGGGACAUGAGGUUGCGGUCGUUAGGGGGUGGUACAGGGCUAUUUUUGGCCGAGCGCAGGUAGUUAGGUGCCGGCUAGAUGAGGGAGAUGGCGAUGGCAAAACGAGAGUUUGGUCCGCCGGGAGCGAUAUGAGAGGCGAUGGGCAUGCCGUUGGAUAUUAG